GCCACAGCCACAGAGUUCGCCUUGUCGCCUCGCCGCCGCUGCCGGCCAUCCUACAAGUCACAGCUAACAGAUCCUAGUGGCAGUGGCAGUGCUGUUGCGACCAUGGCGCCGUCCUCAACAUGGCUGGUUGUGCUCACCAUCUGCGCUCUCUCUCACUCCACAUACGGACAGUUCAAGUGCCCUGACAAGAAGUACGGCCAGUAUGAGGACACAGUGCAGUGUGACAAGUACUACGAGUGUGACGAGGGGGUGGCCACCGCCAAGCUCUGUCCGGACGGUCUAGUGUUCGAUCCGGCCAACAGGAAGAUCAACAAAUGCGACCAGCCCUUCAACGUGGAUUGUGGAGACAGGCUGGAGCUGCAGGAGCCGAGAGGAAACCACUUGUGCCCGCGGAGGAAUGGUUACUUCGCCCACCCUGACGAGACUGUGUGUAACGUGUUCUACAACUGUAUAGAGGGUGAGAGCACGGAGAUCACGUGCCCCACUGGGUUACACUUCGACGAGUACUCGGGCACCUGCGUGUGGCCGGCGUCCGCUGGGCGGUCCAACUGCGGAGAAGCUGAUGCCAUGAAGCUCAAGGACGGCUUCUCGUGCCCGAAGGACGCGCAGGCCACAGGACACGGUCAAGCCGUGGCACACCCGGUGUUCGCACACCCUGAUGACUGCCAAAAGUUCUACGUCUGCCUCAAUGGUGUGACGCCUAGAGAGCAGGGAUGCUCGCUGGGAGAAGUGUACAAUGAAGAGACUCAGAGGUGUGACGCUCCUGAGAAUGUUCCUGGAUGCCAGGACUAUUACAAGGAUCACCCAAGGUUCAAGGAGCUGUACACCGACAGUGACGGCGACGGCAAAGUAGACUAUGGCAAGAAGAGGGUGUUCCACGACUGAUAUCUUUUAUCAGUUUUGGCCAGAGUGUAAUUUUAAUGUUCUGAAUAAAUCCAUACAGCGGAUAGUUAGUUAUCCUUAUUUUAAGUACUGUGAUUAGAAAUUUGCAACUCAAAUAAAACAAAAUAAAAUUGAUGGACCAUUCCUUAUAAAAUAAAAUGCUGUAAAGUCAAUAACGCUUUGCCCGUUUCAACUCUAGUAUAUAAAAGCAUGCACGAUUUUAUAAUGCAUAUAUGAAUUUAUAAAUAUGUUUUUGUAGUUGUUUUAAUUUCAUUGAUUUAAUAAAGCUAUAUAUUCAUUAUAACAUUUCUUAAUUGUAACACUCAGAAAUCCAGUAAGUAAUUGACUUACUGAGACUUUUGAAUUUCUAAUAUAUGUUAAAGGUGGUUCUAUAAAUAAAUGUUAUGAUGGAAGCCCAACUGGUAUAGUGAGUCUAGUUAUAUUUUUUUAUUUAUCUUAAUGAAAUAAAAUGUUAUUUUAUAUAAUGAAA